GUCACAUUGCCACGUCAAACAUAGUGCCACGACAGCAGUGCCACGUCAGACAUAGUGCCACGUCAGCAGUGACGUUCGACACAGUGCCAUGUCAGCAGUACCACAUCAGACACAGUGCCACGUCAGCAGUGCCACAUCAGCAGUGCCACGUAAUCAGCAGUGCCACGUCAGCAACAUGACGGGCCUGCCAGGCCAACUGGCCAAUGAGACCAUUGCCGCCUACAAGCAGCGUUGCCUGGCUCAGAUAGAGGAACAACGCCUGCUGGCAGUCGAGGCUGCCCGCGUACAGGCUGAAGAGGCAGCAACAGCAGAGAAGCUGCGGCUACAGGCCGAUGCAGACGCAGAUUCCCAGGCUCGCCGCAAGGAAGCCCAGGAUCUGCUACAGCGGCAUGAAGCCACAAGCAUCAACAGACUCAAGUUCUGGCAUUUUGAACCGAACGGCGACGAGGCAACACCGGAAGAGCAGCAUAAGGAGUUCCUCUCCAAACUCGUGACACGGUUGCUGUAUGCUUGCAACUACCAACGGUCAGAGUUKGAGAGACAGUACCAGGASCUGACGCAACAGCAUCAKGAGUUGGCAACGCUCCGCCGCACAGUGCAGAGCCACGAGGAUGCAACUCGGGCACUCAAUGCCCGAUUGCUGGACCUGGAACAGGCUGUACCAGGACCAACUGUUGGGGCUUCCAGCAGUGCACCCUCUAGCCGCCAAUUUGAGGAACGCGUUGACCACAUCCUGGCAAUGCUCGGCGACAUUAACACCUUCGUUGCGUCGUCCACCAUCAGCAUUCAGCUGCAUACCUUGAAGACCGAGGUCCAACAGCUGCAGUCAACGAACGCAGAUGGCAAUCAGAAGAUGCCAACUUUCCAACUGGAAAAGUUCGACGACUACACGCAGCAGGAUCCGACCCUCUGGUGGGAGGCAUUCACGACGCAACUCAAGAUUCUGCCUGUCACUAAGCACAAGUACAUCGGCGCCCUGUUCCUGAACUCAAAGGGCGGAUGCCAGACCUGGUUGACCCACCUGGCAACCUCCCACGGCGUCGACGUACCGGACCUCAAGGACAAGAUCACAUGGGAAGAACUGACACGGCUGUGGAAGAAGCGGCUCAUCGUCGACGACGCGCCGACACUCGCCAUCAACCGUUUGUUCACUAUGUCACAGGGCAACACUGCAACACGGGAUUGGCUCACAGAGUGGCAGAAGAUUGCGGCAGUGCCCAAUCUGGACCUGCCUUUCACUCAUCUUAGGCGUGAGUUCUACAACAGGUCCUGUGCUGCAUUGAGCCAGGCUCUUGGUGAUCGCGAGCAGUACGCCACCUUCGCCGAGAUUAUCGACAAGGCGCGAGAGAUCAUCAAGACCAACAGGUCAGCUGCACACGAGAAAUCAACAUCAUGGCAGCCGACCUAUGUGGAGAAGGUACGAUCUGGUCCGCGACAGCAGCACUUCGCUGCAGUCCAGCAGAACAGUGGGGAUAUCAGGUGGUUGCUGUCCAGCCGCGAAGCACCAACAAGUCCCGCAACAAUGGGAGGGCAAAAUCCGCAUCGCAGGCCGGAAACGGACAGCCAAGACAGUUUCCAUGGGUCAAGUUUGGCUUGACCGAGGCGGAGUACAAAGUCCGUGGCCGCUACGGUAGCUGCUAUUGGUGCAACAUCACCAAGCACAAGACCUCCCUGUGCCAGGAUGA